CGAUGGGUCAACGAGCUGUCACUAGUACUGUGAUGUCCGCGCGUCCAUCAGAGGGAUGCCCCGGAAGAUAGGAUUCAUGGUCGUCACCGCUUCAAGUCAUGAGGAUAACUUCAGUGCUAAGGAGCUCAUGGUCCAUGCACCCACAGUCAACGGCUGGAGAUCGAGCAGGCUGUGCUCCUACCCUCAGCAUGUCACCCUCCAGCUGGUGGAGAGAUGCAGGGUGAGGAAAUUGCAGCUGCUGGCCCACCAGUACCUGAUCCCAGCCAAGGUGGAGUUUCACAUUGGAGACGCCCUUCCUGAAACCAGCACCUCAGGGUGCCCCGGGCAGCUUCGGAGACUCGGGUACGUCUCUCUGUCGGAUAACGAGAAGACCGGCUUCAAAGCUCGGGAGCUGAAGUCCGUCCACGUGGACGCCAUCGGAACCUAUCUGAGAAUAAGCUUCCAUCGGAACCAUGUCAACCAUUACAAUCACCACAAUCAGGUCGCUUUGGUGGCCAUUAAUGUUCUGGGAGAUUCUUUGGAUGGCGAUGCUGGGAACACAAUUCCAAGCAGAGAGCAGCUGAUCGAACACUACCUCAACAGUACCCAGCUGGAAGCCCCCUCGGACACGACCUUCAUGGGUAAAUGUGAGUCCACCUCCCCCUUGGACGACCUGGCCUUCGACAUGUACCAGGACCCCGAAGUCGCCCACAUCAUCCGACUCCUGGACCACAAGAAGCUCGACAUGGUCCAGCAGGAGAAAUACGAGCGGGCCAAGAACCUGAAGCAGGCCAUCGCAGACAUGCAGAAGGUUGGGGAGCGUUUGGCUCGAUACGACGUGGAGAAGCGGUGUGCGAUCGAAAAGGAAGACUACGACCUGGCCAAGAAGAAGAAAGAGCUGAUGGAGGAGUACAGGAGGAGCGUCUACCAGCAGCUGGAGGUCCACAACCUGCUGGACAUGGCGAUGAUCACACGGGCCGCAGAUUCCUCCUCAACCCAGGAGCCUCCCGCCCCGCUGCCUUCUCCGGGUCGCCGGUCGGUCCCCACGAAGCCCCUCGCGUCCACCGACGCGUUCAGGGCGGCGGGGGGGGAAACCGGCGGGCCUCAAAACCAACGAGCGGACGCAGAAACUGUUGCGGCCGAACCGAGCGGCCAACCCGACGCGCCGUGCAGCCGCGCUGCCGGACCCAGGAUAGAAGUGACCUGUGUGCCUUACGACGAGAGGCCGCUCCCGGCCUUUCAGAGGGAGGAGCGGCCCGCGGAGGCCCCCCCUCCGAGCCCCUGUGAGCAGCACUCCCCCCGAGCUGAUGCUCACAGGACUCCACACAGCCCCGAGGUCAGCGGGGCGCCGGAGCCCCUGGCGGAGAAGGCCCAGAGAGAGGCCGGCCUUCCACUCGAGGUCUAUGGAGAAAACCUGGUGGCUGGCGUGUAUUCCAAAACCUGGUCCUACAGAGAGGCCGCUCUGCUGGCUGUGCACCGGAAGCUUUCGGACCUGUCCCCCGCCACCCCCAAGGAGGAGCUGAGGAGCAUGACGAGAGCGGCGGUCUUCCUGGUCAAGAAGACCCUCCUGGACAAAGUGUCAUCCGUUUUCCACGCCGCCUUGAAGUUGCUGCGGCUGCUGCUGAGCCAGCUGAUCCCGGGUCUGGGCCGGGCCGAGGUGACCCACUGCGUGGAUCAGACGUGGCCCAACCUGCUGGCCAGGGCCGGAGACUCAGCGGGCCGCCUCCGGGGCCCGGCCGCUGCCUUCAUUCAGGAAAUGGCUCUUUUGAAGGACGUCCGCGCUCUGCAGAUAAUCCCCGGUGAGCUGGUGAAGCCCUUCAAGUCCAACUUCCCCUCUCGCCCGGCUCAGAGUCGGACCGAGCUGCUCCAGAAGCUUCUCGCCGAUCUGGGCACAGAAACCUCUGGCUUCACCCCGGACAACGUCAUGACGUUCUGCACGGCGGCGCUGGAGCACAACGCGCCGGCGGUUCGAGAGCUGGCGGUGCGCGUCAUCCUCUCCAUGUACCGGCAGCACCGAGCGGCCGUCCUCCGCUUCCUGCCGCCCGACGACGCCGCCGUGCGGAAGAACUUCCUCUUCAAAAGCCUCUUCGACGGAUUCGCCAAGAUCGAUGGGAAGCUGGCGGACAAUCAGAUCUUGGCUCAGGGAGGUGGGCAGAAGGAGAAGGAGGAGAUCCACUCUCUUCAGGAGCAGCUGGCCGCCUUGAAAGAGAUCCCAGAGAAUGGAGACGAAAGCCCCAGAGGACAAAUGCCCAAGAGAGAAGCCCCCAAACUGGAGUCCCAAAAAGCUGGCAAAGCAAGUGUCGCAAAAGUGUCGCCGAACAAGGUGACGGAGGCUCGAGACGUCCAACAACCGGUCAACGAUCUGGACAACCUGUGUAUAUUCUGCGGUAAAAAGGACGAGUCGUUCAGCGAGGACGGGCUGGACCUCCACUACUGGAGACACUGCCCCAUGCUGCGGCGCUGCGACCGCUGCAGACAGGUCGUCGAGAUCGCCAGCCUCACGGAGCACCUGCUGGGCGAGUGUGAGAGCCGGGCCCGGUUCAGCCAGUGCCCGCGCUGCUCCGAGGCCGUGGCCACCGACGAGCUGAGCCGCCACGCCCAGGACCCCGCCUGCAUCCCCCCCGUCUCGGGGAAAGGCUCCAACCACUGUCCCUUGUGUCACAACAACUUCCUGCCGGGAGAGAAGGCCUGGAAGGCUCACCUCAUGGGCCGGGAGGGCUGUAAACAAAACUCACGCCGGCCUGCGGUGGCCCCGAGAACCCAGCCGGCACAAGGCAGGGCUGUGGGUGGAGCCAAGCUGAAGCAGGCCUGGUCGGUCGGGGCCGCGGCCAGAGGCAGCCGCAUCCCGGCGCUGGCGCCCCGGGCCAAAGGUCAAACUCCGGGGAAGCACUGAAACCGGGUCGCGGCGCCAAAGACGGAGACGCACAACAACCGCGACAGAACAUCUGCAGCGAGAAGCCACAGCUGGACGUUAGAGCUCCUCGGUUGUCUCCACUCCAGCCUCCGGCGUCACACACAGGAAGUCUCUGUUUUUGAGGCUCUCAUAUUUCAAUAAGCUUUAAGCAGAUUCGGUAUAAUGCCUCCAUUAAAAGGCCCGGUGUGGCGGGUUGAGGGGGAUGCUCCAUCUCUACAUGUUCUUGUUUACUUCAGCGUUGUGAUUUAAUAUCAGAUUUAGAUCCCAGACUCUCCAGUAAAAGCCAGAAUACAACCGGAGUAAGAGCUUUAAAUAUGUCAUCGUUCGGGGAGAGGAGGGACGGAGGAAUGAAGGACACGCCGUUCCCACGGCGACCCUCCAGCAUCCCGGAGCUUCACGACGACAGCAGGUGCUCUUUUACUCUCGCCGGCCGUUCGCGUUUCUCUUUUCUGCUCGCGAAUACGUUUUUUUAAAGCAUUUCCAGGACAGUACGAUCUUUAUUUAUGUUCCUGCUUAUUGCCGACCGACAUCCUUGACGAGCUAGCGCAGCGUUAUGUUCCCCCUCUGGUCCAACGCGAUGUUGUAACGUCAACGCGAUGACUUCAAUGAACGCUGCGUACGGUAGAGUUUCUGCUUUCUGCUGAAUUUAAAGUCAUUUAAAAGUGAUUUUUAAAAUUCUGACGUCAAUUUUGCGAUAUUUGUAUUGAAUGCUAUGUUUGUACUACUUCUCUCGUCCUGCACAGUGGUGUGACGAUGUUGAUUGUGACGUCUCGGAUUCAUCCACAGCCAAAAAAGAAGGUUUUUUUAAACUACUAAGAGUGUAUAUUUUGUUUCAUCUCCCCGGUCCGUCCCAUCGGCUUCAAUAUGCUUCUGUAUCGAGUGGACGGUGGAUGUUUCCCUCUAUUUUUGAAUUAUCAGUAUUUUCUGAAUAUUUAUGGCAUCAAAUGGCUAAUUUUGUCUGAUGCAAAAAAGUAUCUGUAUUUGUUUAAUAAAGCUACCUGAAGGUGGACGUU